GUAUGAGUCCCUUCUUAAUGUUGUAUUCUUUAACCUAAAGCCAUUUUUGCUUAAUAUUUGAAACUUACUGAAUGCAGUAAUUAAUAUUAAUAAGAAUUCCAUAAGACUAAAACUGAAAGAGACUAUAACUUGAUUACUUUGCAGUUAUUACUAUUUUAGUUACUAGUGACAACACUCAACCUGAAUUAUAUGAGUAAAAAGGAGGAGUGUAGUGUUUGAGCAAGUAAUCAAACCAGAGAAAGGGCAUAGAACUGGCUUCAGAAAUAAUUGAAUCUGGGGAUUCAAAAACGGUUGACAAUUUCUCUCUCUUUAGCUGUCUCUCUGCUUCUGUCUCUGUUUCUCUCACUCUCCCUCUUUCUCUCCCUCUCUCUCUCUCACACACACACUCUCACCGCUUCAUUACUUAUUUUAUGUGUUGCUAUCAUUCUCUCAGGUUAGCAUCCUUGAUAAUCUUAAGCUAUCUGAAUUCAAGUCUUAUAAAUAAGUCUAAAAUUAUUAGCAAUUACUUUUAAAAAGUUUUUUAACAUGAAAGGUGCAAGAUUCAUGUAUAUGGCUCAAUGCAUUUUUACAAACUUAACAAACCCGAGAAACUAGCACUCAGAUAAGAAACAAAACUUCAGCAGCAGGCAUCUCUGAAGUCUCCUUUAUGCCCCAGUCUAGUUAUUAGCCAGGGUAUCUACUAUUCUGAGGGGCAUUAUGCCUGAUGGAAGCUUAAUCUCUUUCACCCUGCUGAUGGUAAACCUUGGUUGAAGGCUAAAGCCCACAAAAUGGGCAAAAUUGAAGGCAGUAUACCUGAGAGUACAGGACAAUUUUGACUCAUCUGAGGUAAUGCAUGCUAUUUUGAUUUACGCUGUGGUUAAUGACAUUGCAUUUAGUACAUAGGGGAGCCACAUGACCAGUCAAGUAAGCAUACACUGUGAGGAGAAUUAAAUUGUGGAAAUCUGUGGUAAUUCUGUGGAAGAAUUCAAAUGGAUCAUGCCAAUGGCCACCAGAUAAAGCCUAGCUGCUGGCUCAUAAGGGAUUGGAAUACAAAGGCUGGUAUACUGUUCCAUUCCUUGGAUUUAUCUAUUUGGGUACAUGAAAUAGGCAGGGAUAUUGUUGUGCAAGCCAUAAACAUUGGGUAGAAUCAUGACAUACUCCUUUAUGGAAACUACUAAUGUAGUAACACGUUAUUCAGAAUGUUAAUAGAGAAUUUCUAAGAGAUGACUUUUGGUAAGAUUCUUUGAAAGCAAAGAACCACGGGUAGACUAUGUAGAAACCUUACUAAUAGCCCCAGGUGGCUUCAACUGGAUUCUGACUAGAAUACAUAAACGUUGGGCUUUGAGUUUGCUUAUCCUUGGGGUGUAGCAAUCUCUUAGGACAGUGGUCCCCCACAUUUUUGGCGCCAGGGACUGCUUCCAUGGAAGACAAUUUUUCCACAGACCAGUGGGGGGUCAGAUGGUUUGGCGAUGAUUCAAGCACAUUACAUUUAUUGUGCACUUUAUUGCUAUUAUUAUGUUAUACUAUAUAAUGAAAUACUUCUAUAACUCACAAUACUGUAGAAUCAGUGGGAGUCCUGAGCUUGUUUUGUUGCAAUUAGACAAUCCCAUCUUGGGGUGACGGGAGACAGUGACAGAUCAUUAGACAUUGGAUUCUCCUAAGGAGAGCACAAUCUAGAUCCCCUACAUGCUCAGUUCACAAUAGGGCUCAUGCUCCUAUGGGAAUCUAGUGUCACCACUGAUCUGACAGGAGGUAGAGCUUAGGCAGUCAUGUGAGCAAUGGGGAGCAGCUGUAAAUACAGAUGAAGCUCCCCUCGCUCACCAGCUGCUCACCUCCUGCUGUGUGAUCUGGUCCCUAGCAGGCCACAAAUUCAUUCUGGUCUGUGGCUUGGGGGAUGGGGAUCCCUGGCUUAGGACACUAUUAUAGAUGUGGAACAACAGAAUGUGAAUAAACUCAGUUUCCUAGGUUAUAUUUCAUCAAAUCAAAGUCUACAUAUCAUGAUGCCUAUAUACAAAACUGAGCUAAGAGACUCAGCAUUAUAUGGACUUAUCAGAUUCUGCAUCAUCAAUUUAGUAACAGUUUCAUCAAGAAUUGAAAUGGGUCUUUCUGUCCUUUUCCAGUGUUGAAGAUGGCUAAGCAAGGAUGUAGUGGGUCCUCCAGUGUGAAAUACUGGAAUUCCCUGGGUCUGCCGAUAGGAGCCAUGAUCAACUGUGCUGACAACAACAGAGCCAAAAAUCUCUAUAUCAUCUAUGUGAAGGGAAUCAAAGGGCAGCUGAACAGACUUUCCACUGCUGGUGUGGGUGACAUGGUGAUGAUCACAGUCAAGAAAGGCAGACAACCAGAGCUCAGAAAGGAGGCAUAUCCAGCAGUAGCAGUUCAGCAAAAAAAGUCAUACCAAAGAAAGAAUGGUAUGUUUCUUUAUUUUGAAGAUAAUACAGGGGUCAUAGAAAACAAUGAAGGCAAGAUGGAAGGUCCUGCCAUCAUAGGACCAGUUGCAAAGGAGUGUGCAGACUUGUGGCCCAGGAUUGUGUUAAAUGCUGACAGCAUCACAUGUUUCUCCAGUGUAUUUGUGCAAAAAAAAGCCAACGAACUACUUAAAAAUAUUUGCUCUUCCCACUCCCAAAAAUCUAAUUGGAAUGGGCAAUUAAAAUAUCUGUUAAUAAAAAGUGGUGAUGAUGAGGACAUGAAGGACUAGCUGGUUGGAUUGGGUGAAUUUAAAGUAGAAAAACCAUUGGGAAGGAUUUUUGCUACAUGGUUGUAGGGAUAAAGAGAAGACUGAUGAUGCACUUACAGAACUUUAUCUUUCCAACAAAAAUUUUCUUUUAUCUUGCCCUAUCUAGUUGUAUCAGGUUUGGGCUACACAUAGCCUACCCCAGCAUAGGGAGGUAUCACCACUCAGGAUGCUGUUUCAAUGCCUGUGAAUUUGAUUUGCAUACUGGUAAGGAAACAAUGGACUGGAUAGUGACUCCAUCUCACGUAUAAACUAGUACUGGCUGUAAGUGCUGCUCCACUGCCUACAAGUGGUGUGGUCCCAUCACUACUUAUAUUUACAUUUCUUCUUUGUGGGGAAGGCCUGGCAGGGUUAUUCCAGCUAUUUGCCCCAUAUAGAUAAGCAGUAGAGACAUGCCCAAGGAAUAAAAGCCGGCAAUAAAGAGAUAACAGAUGGAAAGCAAAAUAAUCGUGGCAGAUGAGAAGGGCAUAGAUAAAAUGUGUAAUGAUGCUGGGAAUGGACACAUCACUUUUUUCCUGAGAGAAGGUCUCAGAACAAGAGAAAAAUACUCCUAACUGUUUCUCUAUCCUGUAGCGCCGAGUAAUUAAUGGCUCAGAAAGAAGAUCCUAAAAUUUUUCUCCAACUGGAAAGGAGAAUGGCACUGAAGCCAAGAACUCUGUUUAGGUUAUUUACUGAAAAAACAUCAAUUACCCUUGAUGACUUACCUCAGUCUUAACUGGUGGAAAUGCUCAUUUGAAUUUCAUUUUGUUGGCUACAUUUAUCUUAUUGGUUCUGUUGUAGCCUGGAGGGAAAUCUUACCCUUGAGCUGAUCUGGAUGUAUUGUGACUCUCAGCUGGGGAUGGCUAUGAAGAAAAACAUGCCGACACUGCAUUUCUAAUAGGUUGGAAUCCCCUUUGCUCUUUUGAAUAAAUCACAUGUGCAUGUGGAAGAAAUAAUAUUAAACAAAUAGGACGCUUAGGACAUUGGAAUGAGGUCCAAGAGAGUGAACUAUGGCCUGACAUGAUGAUCAAAUAUCAUUAUGGAUUUGCCUUUGAGAACUUAAAGUACAACAACAAAAAACAUAGAGCGAGAUAAGGAAUGCAUAGUGCUUGACACAAUGCAGGGCACGUGGUUAACGAGGCUCAAUAAAAUUGAAUUAUUGGCAUUACCUGGAAAAAACUGAUUAUGGGAAGUCUUAUGCAGAUUAAAUUGAACUGCGUCUAGGAGUCAUCAUGCUCAACUGAAAAUCUUCUGAAGGAUCAGUAUUUUGGGUGCCAAUCAUACACUUAAAUAGCACUCACGGCAUAAACAGUUAGUAGCAACUAUACCUAUGGUAUUAACUAAAAUCAGCUCCAACAUACCAACAGGGAUUUGGGAGCCUUUGGAAUUAAAUUUGAUGUGGUAAUCAAGUGUAGAUGGCUUUUCCAGAGGCUUAUCAUUAUGAGAAGGAAUUUUAACUCAGGGACACUAGAAGGAGAUCUUUCUCAGAAACCUUGCCUGUGUGAGGUAGGCCAGUUAGGAAGGCAGUAAAGCUAUUUGAAAUUUCAAAAGAAAGAAAAAAAGGAAGAAGAAAUAAGGGAGGAAAAGAAGAAAGAAAGGAAAAGAGGAAGGAAGGAAUUAAAGCAGGCAGGAAGGAAGGAAGGGAGGGAGAGAGAGAAACUGGGGCUAGGUAAACUAGAGGCUUAGGCUGUGGAAACACUAAUGCCAGCCUCCCAUGGCAAGCUAUUACUGAGGAUGCAGUCUUUACUGCUAAUUUCUCAUAACCCGAGUACCCAACUUUAAAAGACAGCCAUGUUCCUUGUGGUGAAAUUGGUUGAGAUUGGACAGAUUAAGGAUCAACACCAUUUCCUCUUUAUGGGAAACAGAUGCUACUUAAAAGCCUUUAUCAGUAAAAACUUGUUCUGUAAUGGGUGGCAUAUGCUUUUCUCUCAGACCAGAUGGUACUUAGAAUUCACUGGGCAGCGGCCUCUGGGAACUACCCCAGUUACAGGAAAA